GCGUGAUGGGACUUUUAACUACAGUCCAGAUGUUUAUUGUACAAAAUAUGAUGAGACUACAGGAAUCUGCCCAGAUGGAGAUGAGUAAGUGAUUUCUUUCAGUCUUAGGAAUUUAUAAUUUUACCAUUGAAAUUAUGAAAGGAUACAAAUCUCUCCUUAGAGAGCAAAAAUGAUUGGUAGCUCUACUGGAGUUUAUUUGAGACCCACUUUCUGCAAGUGAUUUGCUGAUUUUUAGUGUAUGUGCUGUUAUGUAAGCAUGUAUUCUUUAUCUUAACGAAGAUGUGAUUUUGAUCAUUCUGUUAAUGUUCCUGUUGUUGCUGCAUGGGUUGAUGUGGGUUUUUUGGUGGUUUUUUUUUUUUGUUGUUGUUGUUUGUUUGGGGUUUUUUUGGAAGUUGUGCUGCCUUUUUUCGCACGACAACUUUGAAGUUGACCAGUGUGUACAAGCUAUGUUGUAUGGAGACGGCUCCAAGAUAACUACCUUCUGUAAGUUUUGUGAAAAUGGAUGCUUCCAGUGAGAAAAAGCAAAGGAAGGAGGUCAGUCUAAGUUGCUGACUAGCCAGUUAGUAUUUGCACUUCUGUGGACUAGUAACAGCAUAUGUUGUCUCUCAUAUAGACGAAGGGUACAGAAGGUUUCCAGUAAACAUGGGGAGUUGCAGAGGCCUUAUGGAGAUUAGAAUAAGCAAAUGCUAUAGUGUGUCAGGCAAGCAAGCAGAUAUAUGGCGUUGCCAGGCAUACUGUGGUUCAUAUGUCGUAGUGUAGCUAGCUUCAUUUGUAGUGUUGGAACCAAGGACUUCUGACAAGUAUUUGUAGGAAGAUAGACAGGAAACGUGUAGUUCGGCUGGUCGGCUUUUUUAAAAACGGAAGCUGAAUUGUUUUUAUUACUGUAAUGUUUAGCUGCACUUGUCAUGGAUCAGUAUCUUCUAUGAUAGAGGUUGUAGUCACAGAGGAAAAAGAUGCAUUUUUCCUGGAGGAUUUACAAUCUAAACACAGAAGAUACAAGGGAAGGUAAACAAAUGCAAUAGGUAGUGUGACAAUAUUCAGUAAUAUGCCUGAGUAAGAUACACAGCAAAAAAUAUCUCUGGGGGAUGAUUUAAAAAAGAAUAGAGUACUUUUUCAGGUGCAUGUAAAGCACUCUUGCCAAUGCCAGGGACAGCAUGGGCAAUUACUGCUUUAAAGUCAAUUAAGGAAUAUAUAUAUAUAUAUAUAUCAUUGAUUGAUUGGGGACAAAAUUUGACCUUUCAUUAUCAAAUGGUAGAUAGAUGGAUGCUAAAGGAUGAAAAAGGAAACAGUGUUUUGAAAGGAUAUUUGCUGGACAUUUGUUAGAAACAAAGAACAGGAUGUUUCAGCAAGCUGACAUAUGAGAUAGGAAUCAGAGCAAUCUUUGUACUGUAGUUAAGUUGGAAAGGCUAUAUCCCACAGUUGCUGAAGAUUACUCCCAGGUUAUAAAUGACAAAAAGGAUGAUAGUGUUAUCUGGCAUAGUGGCAGUUCUGGGUACUUGCAAGAAAUGAGAUUGGUAAUGAGAUUCAGGCCUCUGUUUUAGUCUGUUUUACUUACACUUUUAGGUUUGUGAGUUAGCAGCAAAAGGUGAUGGUUGGUAAGUUUAUAUUUUACAGUGAAAUUGCCCGUGUAUAAAAGGGCAGGGACCAAGGUUAGAGUUCUGUGAGGCCCCUGGCAGAAGGCCACAAAAGAAUGUCUAUGUCUUUCGACAUGUUUGUUGAUUAAGAGGAAAAUGAGAACAUAACUGAGUUCACUUAAACAAAGGAGAACAGUGUGUUUCAAGAGAAGAAAUGGCAAACAGAUGAAAGCCACCAGUAAAUUAAGAAAAUGAAAAUAGAAUUAAAUAAAGAAAAUGAAGGUAGAAUCCAGCUGCUUUGAUUCUGUUAUAAAAUGAGAUUACUGGAGACACUUGUGAGAGAAGUUUCAGUUUGACUGUGGAAGCCUUGAUUUUAGAUUUGAUCUCAAGUAGAGCUGGAUGCUAGGAAUGGCAGUCAGCUGUUGUAAGUUGAUAGCUGAUUGAGGUUAAGGUAGAAGGGAAAAGGCAGAUAGAGUGAAUUGUUGGGAAAGGCAAGAGAAGUCAGAAGUAACUUUCUUAAAGAUAAAGAUAUUAAAGCAAGUGUGUAGUAGCAGAAGAAAAAGCCCAAGGAAAACACUAGCCUUUCUGAGGACAUGCCUGCAGAGUGUCUGUAUUCCUUUCAGAACCAGCAAAAGAAUGCUAUUUUGUUCUAAUUUUUUCUUCUGCCUGAAAUUUAGCCUUUUAUUUGGAACAACUUCAAAUUCUUGUACAUAGAUUAGCAGCAGGAGUGGCAUGACGCUGUUAUUUUAUCUGUGUCCGUACCUAUUCCUUUUUGACAGGUAUGAGCUGCUAGAGAACUAUCAAAAAAGAUAAAAUGAUGACACUUGUAAUUGUUCUCAGGAACAUACUUUCAGGAGAGUUAAAGUAGAAAUUGCUGGUUUCACGUAGUAGGCUUGACUGUAGUAUUUCUUCCCAAAAUUCAACUUGGAAAGAAAGGAGGCCUGAAAUUUUAGAUCACAAAAUAGUUGAGGUUGGAAAGGGCCUGUGGAGAUCAUCUGGUCCAACUUCUCUGCCCAAGCAGGGUGAGCUAAAGCAGGUUUUUGAUCCACUGUAAUCAACUGAUAUGUCAGAUUCUAAAAGAGAUUAUUUUGGAUGUAGUAUUGGCAUCUGUUAUGUAACACUGCUCUUAGUGAAAGAAUUAGAGAAGUCUGUUACAGAAGAGCAAUUAGAGUGAUCACAGGAAAAAAUGUUAAUGCCUCAGGGUUGAACAGAAGUACAAGUGUGUAGUUUUCAUAUGCUUAAGAACUUCUAAAAUUGCCCUUUGAACUGGAUAGUUUUUAAAAUUCUUAAAGAGUAUCUUUGGAAUAUUUAUGAUGAUGUGAAUUAAGAGGAGAAUGAAAGGGAAACGUACUCUUCACUUCUCAGUUAAUCUUUCAAGAUUUUGUGAACAUAUGUUCUGUUUCACAAUAUAUUCAUCUAAUUACUUUGAAUAUUAUAAUGUCAAUUUUACUUUGUGAAAUGCAAGUACCAUCUAGCUACUGCUUUUAGCAGGGGUUUUGCCUUUCUGACUAAUGGUCCCAGGAUGAACAACAGCUGAUCACCAAGUUAUCUGUGGUUAAAAGCAUGUGUAUUAGUAUGGUAUCAUAUAACAUACAUGUCCAAAAUAGAUAAAUCAUUGUUUUUUGUUGUAUGAGCUUUGCAUGUUCUUGAGUCCCUCUGAGACAACUUGUAUAAUUAGGUUUUAUCUAGUUCUUUACAAGUCUUAGAUAAAGUUUAGAUAACAAAGUGUUCAGUCACACUGUAUAGCCUCAUUAAAGCACUUUAUUAGUUUCUGAAGGAGAACUUCACCUGUUGUGGGAGUCUUAAGCAAAAUGUGCAGUGGGAAAACUCUUUUCAGUAAAAUUCAGAUUUUGUUAGAUAUCAAUGGCACAAGUAUCGUGUCUCAGGCCAAACAAGCUUAGGUUUAGUUUAGCAGAAAUUACAGUUGUGUAACACAUUUUAUAUUUUCUAGUUUGUCCUUGGAAUCCAUUUUGUCUUUUUGCAGCGAAAAUUGUGACCUAAAUAUAUUGCCCUCUCUCACAUUGUGUACAAAAGACUGUGCCUAGCUUGUCUGACAAGCUAUAUCCAUGUUCCGCUGAAUUCUCUUUUUUUGCCUUUUUUUUAACACUCAUUUAAAAUAACUGAAGGUAUUAACAUUUUUUUGAGAUUAUUACAUUGAUGUAAUAUUUCUAAGGAAGAGGUCCAGAUAUUUCUGCACAAACGCUUGGCUUCUGAUAAGGAACCAUGGACUUAAAGGCAAGCAGUGAGAUGUAAACACCUGUAUACCUCUUGCAUGGGAGAUAAGUUCAGAUAUUUAAUUCUUGUUUCCAAAAGGAGCCAGCAAACUUAAGUAGGUAGAAAUGCAGGCACGAACAUUAUCCAUAAGAACAUGACAGUGUAUUCUCACUAUUGUUGUGUGUGUAAAUGAGUGAGACAUUAGAGUUUGCAAUGAACAGUCUGCUAGCCUGCUUUUCCAUUUAGCCCCUGUACAGGUUGAGCUUGUGGCUGGAGGAUCAGCAGUAAGUAAAAUAUUCUCAGAUUGCAAUUCCUUUUGUUUAGAGUUCUAUACAGGACCAGUGCUGGCAAAAGUAUCUCAAGGGUUCUUGCAGGUUUUCUCUUUUCCUCUACAGUAAUUCUAGCAGAACAGGAGGGCUGCGUCAGUGCUACUCCUGAACAUUUGUCUCAAAGUUCAGCUGAGGCACCAAAGUGAGUUGAACGAAGAUUGCAUCCUGUCGAUCUUUUCAUGUAGAACAAAGAGAUGUGGAAGAAAUACUUUCAAAUCCUAAGUUUAGACUAUGUUUCAUCUUAGGCUGACAAAAUGAGUUGCCUUUAUCUGCAUCGAACAACAGGAGAUACAGAAAGGAAGUAUCAUCUCAGAUACUACAAGACUGGAACAUGCAUUCAUGAAACAGAUGCCCGGGGUCACUGUGUGAAGAAUGGACUUCACUGUGCCUUUGCUCAUGGGCCUCAUGACCUUAGAUCACCAGUAUAUGAUAUAAGAGAACUUCAGGCACAGGAAACCUUGCAGAACGGGCAGCUAGGAUGCAGUGAAGGCAUUCCAGAUUUACAACCAGGAAUUUUGGCAAGCCAAGCAAUGAUCGAGAAAAUUCUUAGUGAAGAUCCAAGAUGGCAGGACACAAAUUUUGUAUUAGCUGGCUACAAGACGGAACAAUGUACUAAGCCACCCAGACUCUGCCGCCAGGGUUACGCAUGUCCUCACUAUCACAACAAUCGAGAUAGAAGACGGAAUCCUAGAAAAUUCAAAUACAGGUCCACUCCUUGCCCCAAUGUAAAACAUGCAGAUGAAUGGGGUGAACCUUCAAGGUGUGAAAAUGGGGAUAGCUGUCAAUACUGUCAUUCUCGUACAGAGCAGCAGUUUCAUCCUGAGAUUUAUAAAUCUACAAAGUGCAAUGACAUGCGCCAAACAGGUUACUGUCCACGUGGUCCAUUUUGUGCAUUUGCACAUGUCGAAAAGGACACCAUGAAUGUAGUCAUACCGCAAACUGGCUGUCAGUCAAAGCCAGGCGCUCACCUGUUUUCAGCAGACAGCAUAGGAAUUGCAAAUGAAUGGAGCAGCAGUCUUAACUCCACAAACAGCAUUACAAAUAACAGUGGGCAGUCUGGAAAUAUUUCGUGUUCUUCAAGUCCAACUGUAACAUCAAGUUCUGGUAGCAGUAGUUCUUUAUCACCUCUUGGACCCCUUUGUAGACAGAGGUCAAUAGCAAAUGGUGUUUUAUGUUCUGAGUCUAGCACAUCAGGUGUUUCUUCACCAGCGUCUAGCUAUCCAAAAGCACCAGGCUUUGAACGAGAAGAUCAGGCAAAGCAGCGAAGCUUCCCCACUGAGAGUCAGCAGAAAAUUAAUGAACAAGACAAAAAGCAGAACCAGCUCAGUGUUUUCUCAGUGGUUAACCAACUUGCUUCAAGUAUAACUUCCAGUUUGGCCUCCAGUGUUGGGUCAGAUAGUUCAUCUCCUACUAUACUCUCUACUGUCAAUGCUAAAGCUCUCCCAUUCUAUCCUGGCAGUAACACAGUUGAAUCAGUUAUAGGUUCUACUUUAGAUGUACAUUUUAAUGAUGUGAACGUCGCAUCCAUAGAUAGAGAAUUAGAAGAUCAAGAAAGCAGUGACCUUGGAUUAGCAAGUCAAAGAUUACUGGGAGGUUCAGCUCCUGUCAAUAUUCCAGGCUCUCUUGCUCGUUCCUCAUCUCUACAUUCAUCAUCGUCCCUUUCAACCUCUCCACUCAGUUCUCUUUCACAAUCGCUGUCUCAGUCUUUUGUUUCAUCUGCUAUGGCUCCUCACCAACAGCAGCCUCAGCCUUUGAAGUCUGAACUUAGUAUAUUAGGCACCUCAGCCUCUUCACAUAACUCUUUAGGUUUAAAUGGGAGCAUUUGGGACUUUGUAACAGGGAGUUUUUCUCCUAGUCCAUCCCCGGUACUGAGCAAUGGCACUACCCCCUCAAUAAAUUCAAGCAUCAGUGGGAACGAACUAACUCAAGUUAGACAGGAACUUGAUGAUGCCAAAAGAAAAAUAAAACAAUGGGAAGAUUCUUGGCAACAAGUAAAACAGGCAUGUGAUGCAUGGCAAAAAGAGGCUCAAGAAGCAAAAGAACGUGCUAAUGUGGCAGAUGCUGACAAACAACUUGCUCUUCAGAAGAAAGAGGAAGUGGAAAGUAAAUUAAAAAAGCUGAAGGAGCAGUUUGCUGCUUGUCUAUCUACUACAUUAUCUUAUAUGAAAAACUAUGGAGAUAUAGAAAAGACAUCCUUACCACAGCUUCGUUCCUUACAAAGUCGUCUGCGCUUAGAUUUAGGAACAGUGGAUGAGAAUCACAGAAUGGGUAAGGUUGGAAGGAACCUCUGGAGAUCAUCUAGUCCAACCUCCCUGCUCAAGCAAGGUCACCUAGAGCAUGUUAGACAGGAUCGCAUCCAGGCAGUUUUUCAUCUUCGAUCAAAGAAGUGUGUUGUAUGUCAAGAAGGUGAUCGUAGCAUCAUCCUGCCUCCAUGUCAGCAUUAUGUACUUUGUGACAACUGUGCAGCUAAACAAGAAGAAUGUCCUUGUUGCAAGAAAAAAAAAAAUCAGUGGUAAUGUAGAGGCAUAGCACUUAUAUCAUGUUUAUGAAUUAAAUAUAUUUUAUGUUCUAGUAUUUUAUAUAAGAACUAUAUCAAUAGUAAUUAAUCCAUUUAAUAGUGUUAGACUGAUUUCCGUUAUGAUAUGAUUAACUUAGUUGUUUUAAAAUAGAGAAUAGUUUGCUCACCUUUACAUAUCAGCCUCUUAAUUUUGGUGAGGUUCUAUGCUCUUGAAGUUCUUUCAUUCCCCCAACCAUGUUCCAGCCUUUUCAACUUCCACUUACAUUCCUAGUGCACAAGCUACUUGGGUUCCUUUGCACUGUAGUCACUUUGUAUAAAUCUUACCGUAAUGCCUGAAUGAAGUGUUUAUACCUGUUAUUUCCGCUAAUUAAAAAUAGAUAUGUAGAUACAGUAACAACACAUCAACAGCAGAAAUGGCCCUUUUGCCAUUUCUGUUCUGCGUGGUAUGCCAGAGUCAGUGUAUUGAAAUCGGUCUAACACUAUGUUUACUUGGUUAUUUGAAGAACUCUGAUUCAUGUAAAAGCACUUUUUAAUUGUUGGUUUUUAUUGUUAGAGAAUAUGUUAUAAAUUGCUUCAAGCUGCUUUCUAGUUUUUAUGUUUAUUUUUUUCAAUAUGCAAUAAUUUGAAGCUUUAUAUGUGUACUGUGAAUUAAAACAUUUAAAAUAUUUCACAAAGUUUUACUGUUAAAUCAUAAUACUAUUAAAUAGAAAAGAGAACUUACCUAGAAUUUUUACAGUUUACAAGUUAACUACAUACUAUGGUAUUUAUAAGUGUAUCAGAGAAAAAACAGUGAGGCACAUAUGUUUUCAAAUGGAUCAGUUUUAGUAAACUGUGCACCUGCAUAUUUCCCUCAGUUUGGAUGUUUGCAGUCUUAAACUUUUUGUACAUCCCCUAACGUGUGUGGUAUGCAUCAGGAGCAGAUGUAUUAUAUAUGAUGACUCUUACCAAGUGCCUAUGCCAAAUACCCUUUAAACAGCAGAAGACAUAAAAAAGAGAUUUUGCAAAUAGUUUCUAGCUCUUAAUUUUGUAUUGUAUAAUUUGAUGAUAAUUAGAGCCUAUCUCUUACUUUUAUAAAUGUUUAAAAAUACACUUUUUUUGAAUGACAGAAUAAUACACGUUUGAAUGGUACUAUGAAAUCAAACAUGGAAUCAGGCAGUGGCACUUUGACACAGUGAUUCUUUUAAAAGAGGGUAAUGUCCUUAUUUCAUCCUGGUAGCUGGGAAUAUGCAAUUCAGGCGAAGUUAAUUCCUGUACGUGAACACUGUAUAUUGGCUAUUUUCUUAAAAGGAAUUAAUUGCCUAUGUUGUUCCUUUUCCUGUUAAAUACAGGUGCGAUACUAGUAUGCCGUACAUUGAAAUGACCUACUACUGUGUUACAUAAUUUGUAUCUCUGUACUCUGUAUUCAUACAAGAAGUGAGUUCACACAGGCAGCAAAGAGUUAAUCUAUUUAUGGCUCAAUUGUGCUGAAAAAAAACAAGGUGUAUACUAAAAAUUAUUAUUGUUGAAAUAGAGCUUUUAGAAUUGUCUCAGUGUUAAAGGGCCCAAGAGAAAAGUAAUUAAAUCACUGUAGUACCAUUGGGGUUUUGUGCACUUUAUACAAAGGCUUGACUUAGCAAAAAAAGCUACACAUUUAAUAUCUAAAUGUACAGAUUCAUUGCUGCUUUCUAAAACACAUCAGUCUGCAAAAAAACUUACAGACCUUUUGAGAAGGGAGAAGUAAGAUAAAAUCUUAAAUGUAUUUCUACUUGUUUCUGUUUCAAAAUGUUAUCUGAAAAUUGUAGUAGUAAUUUAAAGAUCAAAGAUCAAUAAAGAUCAAAGUUGGGUUUAGUAAUGUGAUUUCACUGACUUUGACACAGCUUCUUUCAAAGGUUUGUAUUAGGUGUAAAAUUAGACUGUACUUGCAUUUUCAACUACAGUUUUCUGUCCUAAAAUAAGAUAUAUUUCUGUGUUUUAAAGGUGCAGCCAGCUUUGAACUUUUUAAAAGAGAAGCUUGGAUCAUCAAGUGUAGCUGUAGGUUUAAUGUCUUUUUGCAUUUGUGCAGUAUAUGAAAAAGUCUGAUUUUUGAACCGUAACAGCACUUUGGACUAAAGCAAAAUUAAUUAUAGAAGAUUUUUAAACGGUAACCAAAUCAGAGGAAUGUGUAAUUAUAGUUUGAAAUUAUUUUACAUAUUUUCAAAGAAGCAGUAGGUUUGGGAAACAAGUCUACUAUAUUUAUCUACAGCGUGGAACAACAUUCUGCAACCAGUAUGCUAACAAAAAUUUUUAGAAGUGUCUUAGUGAAAACUUUUGCAGUGGUCUUUUAGAGGAAGCCAGCGUAGUCCACGUGGUGGUCAUAUGCAGCAUUGUGACAUUUGUUACUUAAGAGAUUUGGAAGUAUGUUUUUGUGCCGUCUUGUCAAAGUUUAUAGUACUUCAUUUGUAUUUUAGUGCAUUUGCCUAUGAUCGUAGGGCUAUUUGUCUUUUUUUGUAGUAAUAGGGGAUUUUCCUUAUCUUGUGACACCAAAAAAGACCAUUUUUAACAGCACUUGCAGAGUGAAUAAUCAGAAUGACAUUCAUAGUUUGUAUGUGCUGCAUUUUUAGAGGAAAUCAACUAAUAAGUAUGUUUAGUCAGUUGCUUUUUAAACAGUUGUAUUUUUGCAUUUUACAAUGAUGAAUCUUGAAAAUAAGGAUGUAAGUGUGUCCUAUUGUAUAUCAUUACUGAAAAUUUUGCAGGUGUUCCCUGUAAGCUUCUCUUGUGCUUAAUUAUGGACACAUUUAAAUCAAACUAUUUGGUCAAGAAGGAAAAAACACAGACCAGACCAAAGAAAUGUAUGUGUGUGUGAAAUUCUCAGAUUGGGUAGCUUGUUACAAUUAUAGAUGGAAUUACCUUUAGUAAUCAUGUGAAUCAGAUAGCAUUCACAUGAAAAUACUGUAAGUGUUCUUCACAAAAUCCUUUUUAGGAGGAAUUAUUAGCAAAGAUUCCUGUAUCUUAUUAAAACAAGUCAACAGCAAAUAUAUUAAUAUGUAACUUUAAUUUUAAAAUGGAGGAUAAUAUACUAUAUGCAGCUGACUAGAGAUGACUAUUUAGAAGAAGAUAGAAGGAAAUGUGACCUUUAUAAGUAUUUGUCCUUGUGUUAUAUUCACUGUCUAGAAACUAGAUACACUAAAAAUAUAUUUUAGCGAGAAUACAAUGUGGUAAUUUGGAUUUACAAAGUAUAUAAAACUAAAACAAGUAGAUUUUCAAGGUUCAUUCUCCUAUUUGAGAAAGUUUCAUGUUAAUUUAUGUAAGAAUGUAAUUUUUAAUGUGAAUGUCAUUAUGCUGUCAUAAUUAUUUUAGCCUGGGGAAUAAUAGAUUAAAAUUCUGAUUUCUCAGGGUUUUUGCAGUGAAGAGCUGUAACCGAAAGUAUGCUAAUUUCAGAUAGAUGCCAAGCUGCAUGUUAUAGGCUUAUUACUAGUUUUCUUUGAAUAGCGGAUUAUUAAAGACACAUUUGUUCUGUUAUGUAUUGCCAUUCAGAGUAUCCUAGUAUUAAAUAUGAGUAGUAAUGUUAUAACUGUCAAAAUAUAUUUGUGUAACUGUGGUCAACAUCAGACCUUAAAUAAAUAUUGAAUUUUUACUCACAUUAAUUUAUGGAAGCCAUUAAUGUUUUGAGUGUACAGACAGAGAUCAUUUUGUGAAUGGAACUGUUCUUAAUACAAAGUGUAUUAUUUAUAAUGCAUACUCAUUUACUUGUAGUGAAUUGUUUAAAAUUGUUAACACUUGUUAAACUUUUUUACACUAUAGCAUUUAUGCAAUGGUUUACAGAAGUCAUGGAAUUAUUUUUAUUA